UCUAGCGCCAUCUCUUGAUAAGUUACAUUUAGAGAACGAUGGCGAUGGCGGAGACAGCGUCCCGUUUCUAUGGCUGUGUGUUAUCAAUUCUGAUGUUUAUGUUUUUUGUCACUGGAAAUGAGUGGCACUAUCCCUCCUGUAUAGUGGUAGAUCCCGACAGCUAUGAGUGCCUGAACAGUUUCUUCUAUUAUUAUGGAGGGUACAACUCGGCAAUAGGGGGAGGAGAGGAGGUGGAACAUACAUGGGUCCGUUACGUGGAUGACAUCUACGACUACAAUGAUGCAAGUGCGACUGCAUGUAACAUCAGAAAGCAGUCUGCAUCCACUGAAUCCUUCACCAACGUGUCCUGGACACGGGACGGGUUCUCCACCUGUACCGUAGAGGAGGUGUCCACCUUCAAUACCUGGUGGAGGGGUAAAUGUGAAGGGAUCUGCGUCGAUGACAACAACUGCAGACGCUACGCCACCUUCCUGGGCUACCACCUCUGGAACAACUGCAGCUGGGACGCAGAGAUAGAGAGGCCGAACUACGACCUGGUUGUUCCGUGAUGGCGGGUUCUCGUGGUGGCGGUGGUGGUAAGGAUCGGCUUUUCCGGGCAGACGAAUAGAUGGAUAGCCUCUUCAAGAUUUUUGUGCUUUCUUUUGCAGUGGGAUCGAUCUCAUUAGAAAAUCCAGGACCAGGGAAAUACCUGGUGUUGUAUUCUGAAAAUUAUGUUAUUUGUUAUGUUUAAAAGUAAAGCAAUGUUUAUUAAUAAUAAUAAUAAUACUCAGGGUUUAUAUAGCACUUAUUAGAAUCACU